UUUCGUGAUUGACACUGCCCCAUCCUUGGCGUACGCCCAUAGCAUCUCGGUCGUUUCUUCUUCUUGUCCGUGAACAUGAUCAAGUUCAAGGCCAAGCUUCAAGCCAACACGUUCACUGAGUGGCGUGAGUUCUAUAUCGACUACGACGCGCUCAAGUUUGCAGUGAACGCGAUCCGCGAAGACUCGACAGGGUUUGACCUGGAGCAGCAGCUGGAAAAGGUCGUGGAGCUGCAGUUCCUCGUGGGUGCGAAUUCCGCAACGUCGCAAGCGUUUGAGAAAGCGUUCAUCAAGGAGUACGACAAGGUCGAAAAGUUCUAUGUGGCACACGCGGACGAGUACAAGCAGCAGCUCGACAUUUUGCAAAAGCAGUACCACGCCGACAUGAACGAAAGCACGCAGAUGAGCAUGACGUCGGCGUGCAUGGAGCUCCACCGACUCUUGAACAUGCUGCAGAACUACGCCCUGCUCAACUACACGGGGCUCACCAAGAUCCUCAAAUCGCACGCCAAGAAGUGCAAGUCCCAGGAAUCUAUUCGGUACGUGUUUGCCGAGAAGCUGGAAACGUGUGCGUUUUCCAAAGCUAUCCAAGCGAAAGACGAGCUCAUCCGCCUCGAAACGUGGUUCUGCCGAACGUUCUACGAUAACAAUCGACCGAUUGCGAUGGCGGCGCUGAUGGCCCGCAAAGACGAGCACGUAGACUUCUCCCAGGCGUACAUUGGCAUGAAGUUUGGGAUGCUGCUCAUGCUCGGUCUGUGGGUACUCUGGGACGUCGGCAUCAUCCCGUCCAUACAACGCGACGAGAAUCACCUCCGCCUCCUCCUCACUAAAGGCUUCCCUGUCUAUCGCGGUCUCGGCUGCGUCAUCUUCUUCAACUGGCUCAUGGGCAUCUCCAUGUACGUGUGGCGGUCGGCGCGCAUCAACUACAUGUACAUCAUGGACCUCGAGCCGAGAAACACCAAGGACUACGACCAAGUGUUCCACGACGCUGGCCACAUCAGCAUUGUGUACCUGAUCAAUAUGCUUGUGUACUACAAAGUGUGCAACGGCGAGUUUCCCGAGGACCGCGUGGCCCACCGCGGCUACGUCCUGCUGUUCCUGUUUGUGUACAUGGUGUACUUUUACGUGUUUCGGCAGUGGCGGCGCAAGAUUGGGUUCGUGAAAGCGAUCGGCAAGAUCAUGGGCGCGCCGUUCUUUCCCGUCACGUUCUUCCACACGUUUCUCGGCAACUACAUGCUCAGCAUGCAGCGCAUGAACCAGGACAUAGCGUGGUGCUUUUGCUUUUUCUUUUCCGGAGAGUUUCUCGAAACGGAUGACAUGGACGCGCUCAAAGCCACCGACGGCAUGACGGGCUACCUCCACAACCACACGAUGCAAUCGAUUAUUCCGUCCAAGUGCCACAGCAACUUUUACUACGCCAAGGUCGUCGUGCCGCUGCUCUGUACGCUACCGCUGUGGUUUCGGUUCCUCCAAAGCUUGCGGCGUAUUUACGACAUGAAGUUGUGGUGGCCAGGCGUGGGCAACGUGAUCAAAUUCGCCCUAGCCCAAAUUGUCGUGCUGUUUGGGAUCUUCCAUCCCUUUCACAACCCGACCAAGCCCACCGAGGACAUCACGCCGCUGCAGCAAGUAUGGAUCGCAGGCUUCAUCGUGUUUUCGUUCAUCUUGUGGUUCUGGGAUCUCACCAUGGACUGGGGUCUCGGCCGUCCGCAGUUCAAAUUCCUCGCCGAGCGGCACAUGUAUCGGCGGCGGUCCCUGUAUUACGUGGCGAUUGUGAUCAACUUCUUCCUCUGCUUUGCGUGGGUGCUGACGCUGAUUCCGCCGUCGGCCGAGCAAGCUUUAAACCACAGCUUCUUUGUGUACAUUCAUCCGUUUUCGAUGCUACUCGAGCCCAUGCGCCGGACCAUGUGGAGCUUCUUCACGGUCGAGAACGAGCACCUGCGCAACACGAUGGGGUUUCGCAAGGAGCAGUUCAUUCCCCUGCACUACGAGCGCGGCGUGGGCGUCGCAGAUCCAAACGAACACACGGACGAAUCGCGCCGCAAGAAGCGCAAGAACAAGGUGCUUAUCCUGGCUAUUAUUGCAUUGGUCGUGAGCCUCAGCUUUGGCGCCGUCACUGUCAUCGAAGACGCCCCUGCCCGUUAAUAUACGUCGUGAUUUUCAUA